CAGUCGCGUUAUGACACCAAGACGACUUCCAGUUUCUCUAAUCGUAGCGUGCUCCGUGAACCGCGUGAUCGGUAAGCAAGGCAAGUUACCAUGGAACCUGCCGGCAGAUUGGGCGUUCUUCAGCUCCACCACUCGAAAUCAAGUGCUGGUGGUCGGCCGACGCUCCUUUGAGGAAUUCGACGAACCGAUUCCCAACCGCCACACGAUUGUCGUGUCUUCCACGCUACAGAGGCCUGAAAGUGGAGCUACCGGCGCUCGGUCGUCGGGUGUCCUAUUUGCUCAGACACUAGAGCAGGCGCUACAAAUUGCAAAUACAGACCCGCAGUAUCGAAAUUGCAAUCGGGUGUUCAUCGGUGGUGGUGAGAGGUUAUACAAGGAAGCCAUGGACGCCAAAGUCGCUGAUUCGUGCUACGUAUCGAGAGUGCAACAGCAAAUUGCAGAUGGGGAUACGUUUUUCCCGAUGUGGUCAAAACAGUUCCCGAACUUAAUGUACACGUCAAAGACGAACGGGGGAGGGAGUACGAGGGUGAGCUUUGAAAUAUGGACUGCAGCCACUAGUGGUUGAUCUGUGUGCCUUAAGUUAAAUUCUAGUAAUGAAAGUGAAACGAGGUAUAUGGUGGAACAAUUAACUUCAGAAAUGAACAGAAGAAAAGGGCGUGAACUAUGAAAUACUGUUUGUAAAAACAGUGGCAUCGGUGGGUGACAACAACAAAAUAUCAGCAGACCAGGACUUACAUGUACACUUGGAGCAGGCGAAUGGUAGUCGCUGUACUAAACUUAAAUCACUCCCGCACAAGCGCUUCGCCACACGCACGACGUUCUCGAUAUGUG